UAACUCACUGAAGAGAUUAAGAUAAGUUUAAUAUUGUUACAAAAUGGUAAAUGGUAAGGUCACACAUAUUCAGUGAACUUCACUAAGCUAAUACGAGUUUCAUCGGUAAAAGUUAAUAGUUGCUGCCGAAAAAAUGGCAAGUCUCUUGACAAGGUACAGAGAAAUUCUCAUCACUUGUCAGGCAUGUAUUAGACACGUCAGCAACAAGGCAACAUGUUCGAAAAUACAACGCAAGUAUUAUGAACGUCUUUAUCCAACUAUCCUUGUUCUCCCGAAUGGUGCUACGAUAAAUAUCAGAUACCACAAGCCCAGACAAAUCAUAAAGCUACCAAUAGACAUUACAAAACUUUCACCUGAAGAACAGCUUGCCCUAAAGCAAAGACGGAAACCAAAAACAGAAAUCAAAGUGGAGAAAGAAAUUGAGGAUAAUUACGACAGACGAAAAUAUCUUCAAUACAUGAACAGAUCAUAAUAGAUCAAUAUAGUGUUAAAAAAAAAAUUAUAAGACCUUGUAAGAAGUUGAAAGAUUUUUUUAUGUAGAUUUGUAGUGAUUUUACAAAUUGAGAAUGAAUAUUAAAUGUAGAUUUAAAUUGG